ACACCCUUUCCAGUUUGCAGGGGCGGCGGGCGCGUUGGCAGCGACGACGAUGGCCGGCGGCGACCGUGCCAGCAAGCCUCCGCCGACCCCAGCGGGCGAGGACGAGGAGGGCGCCGUGGCGGACAAGGCCCUCCACGCGCUGGGCUUCGAGUUCACCGGCAUCAGCGCGCGCGAGGUCGCCGGGCGGCUCCCCGUCACCGGCACGUGCUGCCAGCCGUUCGGGGUGCUGAACGGCGGCGUGUCGGCGCUGGUGGCGGAGUCCCUGGCGAGCGUGGGCGCGUACAUGGCGUCCGGGGGCCGGAGGGUGGCCGGCGUGCAGCUGUCCGUCAACCACCUCCGCCCCGCCCGCCUCGGCGACCUCGUCCAGGCGCAGGCCAGCCCCGUCCAGCCCGGCCGCAGCAUCCAGGUCUGGGAGGUCCAGAUAUGGCGGGCAGAUCCUUCCACGGGAGAACGCAUGGACCUGGUGUCGACAGCAAGAGUUACCAUGUUAGUAGCCAGCAGCCCGUUGAGACCUGAGGAGAUGACGAGCCAUGAGGCCACCAUCAAGAAGUACGCCAAGCUCUAGAGACUAGAGGGCAUCGUGCAAACUAAAUGUCUCGCUCACAGCAUCCUCCAUCCUUCUACGGGGAGCUUAGGGUAACAGAUAGGCUAUACUCCUGUGUAGUCUGGGCCUCUUGUAUUUUUGGUGAAUAAAAUAAAAUGAAGAGAGGGCGAUUGGUGAAACAGUUAGGCCCAAACUUCUGUUUUGUU